AUGGCUCGAUUUCCUUCUCAACAACAAAGCCGGCCGGUGCAUGCCACCCCGUUCAUGAACCAACCUGCCCCGUCGCCUGACGCCGCCAACUACGACACCGCCAACCCUUCCUACAUCCGCAAGUACCUGCGCACCUACGGCCUCACUCCACCUCGCGCUGAGAGCUACGAGACCCAGAAGACACGAUGCCUGGCCCAGUUGGGACUGAAGAACACCGAAAUCGACAAGUUCCUCUACCUCAGCACUCUUCGCAAGAACAAUGUGCACCUGUUCUACCGUCUGGUGACGGACCACCUCAGGGAGCUCACGCCUCUGAUCUACACCCCGGUUGUCGGCGAGGCCUGCCAACGCUGGUCGGAGAUCUACCAGCAGCCUGAAGGCAUGUAUCUCAGCUGGGAAGACAAGGGCAAUCUGGCCGCAGUGAUCGCCAAUUGGCCUCAGUCGCAUGUGGAGAUCACAUGUAUCACCGAUGGCUCCCGCAUCCUCGGACUGGGAGACCUGGGCAUCAACGGCAUGGGCAUCCCCAUUGGCAAACUGGCCCUGUACACGGCCUGUGCGGGUAUUCGUCCCGAGGCCACCCUGCCUCUGACGCUGGAUCUGGGCACUAGCAACAAGACCCUCCGGGAAGACCCGCUGUACAUGGGCAGCCGCCGCGACAAGCUCCGUCCCGAGGAGGAGCUGGAGUUUAUGGACGAGCUGAUGGCCGCUCUUACCGAGCGCUGGCCGGGUAUCGUCAUCCAAUUCGAGGAUUUCAAGAACCCCUUCCCUGCGCUCGAGCGGUACCAGGGUCUGUACACCUGCUUCAAUGAUGACAUCCAAGGCACUGGCGCCGUCAUCCUGGGUGGCGUUAUCAAUGCCGUCAAGCGUUCUGGUCUCCCUUGCAAGGAUCACCGCGCCGUGUUCCUGGGUGCCGGCAGUGCUGGCGUCGGUGUCGCCAAGCAGAUCGUUGAAUUCUUCAUGCGCGAGGGCAUGACCGAGGACGAGGCCCGUAGCUGUUUCUAUCUGGUCGACACCAAGGGUCUAGUGACCGCUGACCGCGGUGACAAGCUCGCCGACCACAAGGUGUACUUCGCCCGCCAAGACAACAAGGGCGAGCAGUUCAAGACCCUCGAGCAGGUCAUUGACCAUGUCCAGCCCACCAUCCUGAUGGGUCUGUCGACUCUGGGCGGUGUUUUCACUCCCGAGAUCCUGCGCAAGAUGGCCGACUGGAACAAGGCCCCGAUCAUCUUUCCUCUGUCCAACCCCUCGUCCAAGUCCGAGUGCGACUAUGAGACUGCCGUCAAGCACACCGACGGCCGCUGCCUCUUCGCCUCUGGCUCCCCCUUCCCCACCAUGUCCUUCACCAACUCCGCCGGCGAGACCUCCACCUACUACCCCGGCCAAGGCAACAACAUGUACGUCUUCCCGGGUAUCGGCCUGGGCAGCAUCCUCUCCAAGGCCGUGCGCGUCACCGACAACAUGAUCUAUGCCUCCGGCGAGGCCCUCUCCAAGGCCCUGACCGCCGAGGAGAUCGAGCGUGGUCUCCUGUACCCGGACAUCACCCGCAUCCGCCACGUCAGCAUGGUCGUCACCCGCGAGGUGAUGCGCGCCGCCCAGAAAGAUGGCGUCGACCGCGAGACCGCCCUGCGCAAUAUGUCGGAUGCCGACUUGGACUCCUGGAUCAAGGCCCGCAUGUACGACCCGCACACUGAAGUUCGUGCCUUGGAACGCGAGGUUGGCCACCUGCUCUCCAGCCUGGGCACGAUCUCCCCGCCGCUGAGCAACGGCUCCCCCGUUGACGAGAAGAACGCCAAGCUGUAA